UCACAUGUAGAAGUCACAGCAGCUGCAUGAGAGGGAGAUGAAACCUCAACUUGAGAGCACGGAUCCUAAAGACGUUUACUGGCACGGCUCUUAUAUAUUUCAUGAAAUAACAGUACACCUAGCUCGCCCUGUAUUUGGUUUUUAUGCAAAAGAAAAUAUGGUUUUUAGUCUUAUUAUCACCAGACAACUGUGAUGCCCGGCUUCCUACCGUCAAAAAUGCCCAGUGAUUAAUUUCAGCUGAUUAUAAUUAGCAUUUUUUUCUCGCAACAGGACACAUUUCUCACGCAGGUUGCUUUAAUAAUACAGCAUCAGAACGAGCGCGUGGGACGGAAUCUCACACACAUGCACGCCGCGCGCUCCACUGCCACACUGCACGCGGGAUCCGCGCGCUGGACAUGAGGAGGACCUCAUCCCGAGCCUGAUUUCCUGCGGUCCCGGCCAUCUGUGUGGCUUCGCUUCGACUCUUACAAAAUGACACAGCCACAGACGACCACGGAGCUGGAGCAGAGCUUCAGUAUAUCAAAAAAGAACAUGAUCACCAAAAUUUUUAAAGUUCGCAAAAGAAGAGAAAUGCUGUUUGUGCAGGUGUGCUUCAUCUGCAGCGUCCUGUUCUUGGCGUGGUGUAUGUCGGUGCUGCUCACAAAAACGGGUCAUGGGCUGGUGCUACAGGAGGGUUUUGCUGCUCCCAGAGAUCACUUGGGCCGAAGGCUUAUGGCCAUAGCAGGAGAGAAUGAGACUGACGAGAAGAACUGCACACAACCAGCCAUCCACGAGUUCCCCGAGGAUGUAUUCACCAACAAACAACGUACGCAAGGAGCUGUCCUGCUACACAUAUUUGCGGCUUUAUAUAUGUUUCUGGCCCUUGCUAUUGUCUGUGAUGACUACUUUGUGACCUCUCUAGAGAAGAUCUGUGAGAAACUGCACCUGAGUGAAGAUGUAGCAGGAGCGACCUUCAUGGCAGCUGGAAGCUCCGCCCCAGAGCUGUUUGCCUCUAUAAUUGGUGUGUUCAUUACACAUGGAGAUGUGGGGGUGGGAACCAUAGUGGGCUCAGCCGUGUUCAACAUCCUGUGCAUCAUCGGCGUGUGUGGGAUAUUUGCGGGGCAGGUUGUUUAUCUCACCAAGUAUGCUGUAUUCAGAGACUCGAUCUACUACAUUUUUUCUGUGGUUGCCCUUAUUGCAUUUAUUUACGAUGACAAGAUUUUGUGGUGGGAGAGUCUGAUACUGAUUUUCAUGUAUCUUGGCUACAUCAUCAUCAUGAAGUUUAACACUAGCAUGCAGAACUACUUUGUGGGGAAGGAAGACAAGGGCGUUGGCAACGGUAACACGGUCAUCAGCGAGAUGGAGGAUGGUAAUGAAUGUUAUGGGCAGUUUUGGGAUGAUGCAUCAUGGCCGUUACUCAGCCCAGUAAAGCCCAGUAAAACAUACACUAGGGGCUCUGUUGUGAUGGUGGACGAGAUGAUAAAUUCAAGCCCUCCACAUUAUCGGUUCCCCGAGGCCGGCCUCAGGGUCAUGAUCACCAACCAUUUUGGACCCAAGACACGUCUGCGCAUGGCAAGCCGACUUAUCAUCCAUGAGCAGCAGCGGCUGGUGAAGACAGCCAAUGGGGUGGACGCAGUGCUGGUGGCUGAUAAGAAAGCUGACACCAUGGAAAAUGGCAGCAUAGUGGAGGACAAACUCGCUGAGGAGCUGGAGAGUGAGAUGUCAUCUCCUUUCAGCUUGCCUGGGGGCAGUUUGGAUAAAGUGAAGUUUUUCAUUUCCUGGCCCAUUUUGGUGUUGCUGUUCUUCACUGUGCCCAACUGUGCCAAGCCGCGGUGGGAGCGCUGCUUCAUGCUGUCCUUCUUCCUCUCGACUCUGUGGAUAGCUAUCUUCUCCUAUAUCAUGGUGUGGAUGGUCACAAUCGUUGGAUACACACUUGGAAUCCCAGAUGUCAUUAUGGGUAUAACUUUCCUGGCUGCUGGCACCAGCGUUCCCGACUGCAUAGCCAGUCUUAUUGUUGCACGGCAAGGCCUGGGGGACAUGGCUGUCUCAAACUCGAUUGGCAGCAACGUCUUUGAUAUCCUGGUUGGGCUCGGCGUUCCCUGGGGCAUCCAGACAAUGGCUGUCAACUAUGGCUCUGUGGUUCAAAUUAACAGUAGAGGAUUGGUUUACUCUGUUGUUCUGCUACUGGGUUCAGUUGCAUUAACGGUGUUGGGGAUCCAUGUGAACAGGUGGAGGUUGGACUUCAAGCUGGGCGUGUACGUGCUUGUUCUGUAUGCCAUCUUCCUCUGCUUUUCCGUCAUGAUCGAAUACAACGUCUUCACAUUUGUCAACCUGCCCAUGUGCCACGAGGAGCUGUAGGCCAGAAGAUUUCCAUGGGCUUUGAACCAAAAUACCUCCAGGAUAGACCAAAAUCGCCAAUGAUUCUACUGUUUCCUCUGUUUAAUCUCUUUACCGAGCUGUUACUGUUGAAGAAAACCACUGUUUCCCACUUCACAUUCAAACUACUGUGGUUCAGAUGGAAGAACUGCAUUUCCCAGAACACCAUUGACUCUCUCCAUCAAUUCCAGGAAAUGAAAUUCUCCUUGGCAGCUCUCUUUAUAACUGGAUAUUCUUCCACUUCUGAACCUUGGACAAUCACAAUGCAACCCGUAAUUGUCUUUACUGAAUUGACAAUUGUCUUUACAGGAUUCAAACUGUACACUUUCAUCACAAACUGCACACACGGCAGUGACAAAGAAUGCUGCUCAUUCCUGUAUGCAUUAGCAAUCUACAUUUUCUAAUUUCUGUCUUCCCUUGAGACACUCUAUGACAUGAACAUAAUGCACUUUAUAUGUAGCGUAUAACAUCUAUAUCACAUUAAUUUAUUUCCUCCAGUACGGGAAAAUGAAAGUACGUCCUUGAUGAUGUGCAAUAAAAAGAUGGAACUGAACAUGAAAUCACUGCCCUCGGGCAAGAAAGUGAUUCUCGCAGCUCGUUAUACACAAGAAAACUCUUGAAAAUAUGACGCAUAACAGAUGCGAAGCAUUUUCUGUUAUGGAUCGUGCUGCAGGGGUCGAGAUGUUAUGGAGUCCUUAUGAGCUGGACAAUGUAUUUCCUGCUGAGAGCUUCCGGCAGGUGUCCAGUGGAGAGGUCAGCGAUGGGGACACAUUGAAACAGAAGCUCUACUAUUAGACAUGUUUUGGUUUCCCCUUUAUCAUUCCAGACCUGCAUUAUUGAAUGGAAACAAUCAUAAAGCACACAUCAAAAGCUGCUCCUCACCUCUCUUUCAGACCAGAGCAGAUGACCCUCAGGACCGCUCUUUCCUUGUUUUGCAGCGUGAAAGUUGAGACUGGCAACUAUGGCUGCUUUAAUACACAUACUGAUGACACCACAAACAGAGAUCCUGGAUUUCGCAAACAUGCUAUAAAUCAACGUGUUUGUUGUUUAUAUGUAAAUAUAACAUCGCUGAUCCUGUUUGAACCAGUGCUUCCUUACAGAUGACGGGAGGGGGGUGGAUUUACGUACAGGGCUGAAGCGGCCACUUUUUCUUUAUUUCCAAUGCACCCCUACCUCCCUCUCUGGAUCUUUAUUACCGUUUGUCUGUAAUGCAUGAUUUGACACAAAGAAGCCAUUUCGAAAGCUUUGUGAGCUCACUGUCAAUGUUCCUAUAAGGAUGAAUCUCAAGAAAAUGUGCCCAGGUCAUAUUUUACCCUAAAAUCAAAAGAAAAGCAUAAAUUGUGCAGGUACAGUAAGUGAAGUUUUAUGGCCGUUAAAUGCAUUGCAACAUUUAUUUCCAUGGCAGUUAAGCACAUUUUCAAUCUCAUUCUCAUUGAUAUAAUGCAUCUGGACUAUAUACUGUAACAGGUUUUUUAUAUUUAAUUUAGUGUAAAUUAAAAGCAGUUACCAUACAAAUAUUACCAUGAUUUAUAAAUACUUAAUUUAUAUUUUAAAAUUUAUUACAUUACUGUAAAAAAAAAAAAAAAAAAACGGUAACGAGAAUAUUUUUUUGUAUUAUUGUAAUGACAUUUUUUGCAUUGCAAUAAUUUUCAUUGCAGUAAUUUAAAAUUACAAUAAUACAAAAAAUAUCAUUAUCAUUACCAUAAUUUUAAUUACUGGAAUGAAAAUCAUUACCGCAAUACAAAAAAUGUCAUUACAAUUAUACAAAAAAAUAUUAUCAUUACCGUAAUUCUAAUUACUGGAAUGGAAAUCAUUACUGCAAUGUAAAAAAUGUCAUUACAAUAAUACAAAAAAUAUCAUUCUUAUUACUGUAAUUUUAAUUACUGCAAUGCAAAAAUGUCAUUAUGGUAAUGAGAAUAUUUUUUGUAUUAUUGUAAUGAAAUUUUUUUUGCAUUGCGUGAUUAUUUUCAUUGCAGUAAUUAAAAUUACAAUAAUACAAAAAAUAUCAUUCUCAUUACCAUAAUGACACUUUUUUUUGCAUUGCGGUAAUGAUUUUCAAUAAUGACUUUUUUUUUUUUUUUUUUUUUUUUUUUUUUUUUUUUUCAUUGCGUUAAUGAUUUUCAUUAUAGUAAUUAAAAUUGCAGUAAUGAGAAUGGUGAGAUGAGGAAUACAUGAGGUGGAAAAUAUGCUUAAUUACAAUUAUAUUAAUAAAAAUGAACUUUAUUUAAUGAGAAUAUUUUUUUGUUCAUGGUAAUGAAAAUGUUUAGUUUUUUUUUUUUUUUUCCCCUCCCAUUGCCAUAAUGAAAAUUGCGGUAAUGAGGUUUGGGGUAGAAAAUGUACUAAAUCAUGAUUAAAAAUGUCACAAUACAAAAAAGAAAAAUCUUAAUGGUCCUCAAGAUUAACUUCCUUUUCUUUGAGCAUAAAAAAUUUCUUCGAGUUUUGGCCUGAAAUAUGACCUGAACAUAUUCUUGACAGGUUUCCUGAGAUUCACCCAUAAACGGCAGCUACCGGACCUGUAUUCACUCAGCUGCUAGUGGGCUCAGGAGAUCUGAACUUUGUGUCUUUUGUCAGUCGUAGAACCUGUCGUUGUCAGUGCUAGGAGGUGCUGUAGCUGUUGUCUGUGCAGAAAGACAGGUGUCGCAGUAUUUGAUGUACACAUUAUAUAUAUGCAAUCAGUGAGGGCUGAGUACGGGGAUUAUAUUUUCAUAGAUGAGCCAUGUUUGUGAAAGCUGCUGAAUUCGCCCACCGCUGUUACACGAGCAUGCAGAUUCCGUCAUCUAAUCGGACUUCACAUAAUUGCCAUCCUGUAGAAUGUCGACUUUAGUUUAUUGUGGCUAUGUGCUGUGCGGAAUGACGGUGAUGUUGUGAUGAUUUCCUUUUCUUUCGUCUUUGUUCUGUGGUGUUUUUCAGUGGUGAUCUGUACGAUUACAUUACUCGGCUGAAAUGGAUACACCAUAUGCAUAAUAUUGGAGGAGCACUGAAAGCUUCUUCCUAUGCCUGGUUGCCACGUUACAGAGUUAGUUAGAAAGUCUUUUUCUACCAUUGAAUGGUGCCAGUAAUUUAGUACUUUUCUAUUGUUUGUUAGUUUCUCUCCUGGUUGUUUUGGGAAUUCUCUUUUGCUAGUGCAAUUCAUCUACUGGGUUUAUUUUACUCUACACUUAAGAGAUUUGUCAGCACACUAUCCUUUACUACUCAGUUUGUUGCCGAUAAUUUGUGCCAUGCUUGAUGUAAAUGCUACUAUUUGAACUGAGAAUGAUAUUUUUGGGGGGCGGGGGGGGGCAAUUGUAUUUUAUAAACUCUGCGGUGGUUUGAUUAAUGUUUCAUCGGGUCACUUCAGAUGGGAUGUCUUUGUAGCCAGUUGUAUAGCACUCUCACAUGAACAGUCUUGUAUGCACUCUUCAUUGUAUGCCUCUUCAGAGGAAAAUGCUUCAAAUGACUCUGUCAGGCAUGAAUAUGCACACGAGUAUGAGAACUUCUCAUGCGGUCUUUUGAUUUAUUAAACACACAUGCACAGAUACAUGCGCUUCACGAGUGACCUGCUGCACUGUGAGUGGAACAAACCUGCUGUAAGGUACAGAUUUAAUGAUUUUCAACAUAAGACAUUGGUGUGUAACUUGAAUGUAUUGUCUUGCAAGCAAUGGAUGUAUCCAACCAAUGCAUUUUACUGUAAAGCAAUAAUCUAAAAAAAAAAAUAUGAACAAUAUAUGAAUCAUACGAGUAUUGUAUGGAGAAAACUAUUAAAAUUAUACAGUUUAUAAAUGUU